AUGCAGUCCUUGAAGAAAAAAAUUCAAAAGGUUUCCGUGCCCAAGGAUGAGGAACAUCAAGACAUAUCCAGCGAUACUGCUACCGAGGCGGCACGCCGCAAAUUGUCAGCGAUGUUCUUCCGCAACGAUAAAAAGAAAAAAGAAAAGCGGCCUCAGUAUUAUCAUGAAGAAAAUAAACAGUAUAACUCUCCCCAGAUGGAUUAUACUGCAGAGAACGACUCGAGCUCCAUCAGCAUGUCCCGCGAUAGUUCCAUCAAGAGUCGUCAAAAUUCGAAAAUGAAGACAAGCAGUCUAACAAAGCUCCGUCAGCGAACGCUGAGGCGCACCUCAGUUGAUGAAAACCACACUGGUUUGUCACACACAGGAACCCCCUCUAUUGGUACCCUCGCCUCAGCUGCGCUUCGGCCAUUUCCGCUCAUAAGGUCUCAGUCGUCGCUUUCGGGGGGACCGGCAUCAGCGCGCUUAAGUGAAGAGCAUAGACCUCGAAGAAAAACUGAGAGCGAAGCCUUUUUUUCUGAUAGCGAUCAAGAUCGUCGGUUUACCGUCUCCUCCGAUGGGAGAAGAACCAAAUCAAUCACUCACUCGAGAACCCCCAGUAUUUACAUGAUGCCUGAAGAUAAUGCGGAUAUGCCUCUGCCUCCUCGUAAUGGCGAAUCCGUGACUGGAUAUCUUGACUUGCUCCAAGAGCUGGGGUUUGGUCCGACCGUAUGUUCGUCCCUGUCACAAGAAUCUGACAAGUUUCUGGAGGUUUGCUUGCUGGCAUAUAUGGAUAGGUUUUCAUUUCAUGGUGAACCUAUUGAUAUGUCUUUACGCAAAUUUCUCAUGUUUCAACGCCUCCCUAGAGAAUCUCAACAAAUUGAAAGGGUACUUCAGGCUUUCAGCACAGCAUAUCACGAGCAAAAUCCUAACUUAUUCCAAAAUUCAGACCAAGUCUAUUUCAUUGUGUUCAGCAUGGUUAUAUUGCACACCGACACUUUCAACAAGAAUGUGAAACACAAGAUGUCAAAGUCAAGCUACAUGCGAACUGGAUAUUGCGACGGUGUUCCGCUGGAAGUUUUGGAUUAUAUCUAUGACAACAUCACCUACACCCAAUUUAUUCAUACAGAGGACGACAGUGUGCUUGCACAGCUGUUUGAUGUUCCCAGUACUCCGAGUGAUCUUCAACUCGUCAGCUCAAGUACGGCUUCCGUCGCUUCAGCACAGUCAGCCACUCCUAGAAGGACAUCUUUUGGCUGGUCUAAAGAUAUGUUUGAUCCCUACAUGCUGAUACUGGAAGGGCGGCUCGCACGCUUGCGACCAACAAGUUUGGUCAGAGUAUUGUCGGCAAACGACCCGUACAUUUGUGGCUACUUGACCUCUGUGACCGAAGUUCUUGGCCUUCGAAACCGAUUAGCCAAUGGACCAAUAAUUCAACUGGUUUCUGAAAGGUCACGACCGGACGUUUACACUGGUGUCAACCACAACACUGUCUCUGAAAUAAACACCGAGGAUCUACUCCUGCUGGCUAGUCCUGGUGUUGUGGAUAUAAAAGUUGUCAAAAUGGGGAUUCUUGAACGCAGAGAGUCUAGUAAAAAAAUGCUGUACUCGCCCAGGAGCAUUUGGCGGGAGUGGGGGGCUAUAUUGACCGAAAGUCAACUAUAUCUUUUCAAGAACGUAGCAUGGGUUAAAUCGCUCAUGGCAGAGUCCUCUGCUAGUCCUGAUCCUGCAGCCGCAGUGACUAGAACCUCCCUAGAAGGUUUCAACGCGACGACUGUUUUAUCUACCAAAGAUAUGGCUGCCUUGCUGUACGAGAGCUCGUCGAAUGAAGAUGAAAAGUCCAUGUUCCUUCUUAGAGGGAGCGGUGGAAUGCACACAUGGCUCUCAGCAUCUGACGAGAGCGAAAGGAUGGACUGGGUACGUUGCAUCAACUUUGCAGCGGCAUACACCACACACCCGAUACCCUUAAGCCCACCAUCUUAUACGAGUACGGAUUCCUGCGUGUAUUCGCGUUCUCAAAACAGUUCUGGCGCCGGAGCAGGUACAGGGUUUUAUAGAUCUGCGUCAGAUACUUCGCUCACAUCAACUGCGGCAUUGCAUGCACAAAGGACUCGAAGUCGUGCACUGCUUCAUCAGAUAAGCGAGUUGGACCAGAAGCUUCUCACAUUACAAAAUGAAAUUGUGGCACAUGAGCGCGACUGUCGCCAUCUGAUGAUUUUAGCGCCAAUUCAACAAAAAACGCGCGACGCCUUAGUUUUCGCUGCUGGGCAGUAUGCGUCAAAGUGUGAUUGGCAAUGGAUCGAUAGGGCAAGGUACCAGUCUUAUCGAAAUAUUUUAGAGAUGGACCUGCGUUUCACAGAGAGCCGCUGGAAAGACCUGACUGGCUCAGGUUCUAAGAUUAGCGAUGUUAUGACGGCGUUGACUGAAGAAAGUGCGUCUUUAUCAGCAAUUAGCAUCGGAUCGGAUAGGGGCCCCAUUGAAAGGAAUGACUCGCGGGUGCAGCAAGCAUCACUUGAAGAGGUUCUCACUGAGAACUCAUCUCAGGAGUUCGACACUGCCUCGCUUGUUCGUGAUAAGGAAGCGUUUGAAGUCCGUGGUCAUCGCUUCUCUCUCGUAGACGUGAAUCCUGAUAUACUGGGAAAAUCAAGAUCUAGUCCUACCGACCAAGCAGCCAGCGCUGUUUCUGCAAGUGAAUAA